CCCCACCAAAACCCCAAGUCGCUCCAGCUGUUCUGCAUCUCCUACCUCCUGUUAAAACCCUCCAUUGAAACCAGCAUCUUGUAGGUGUUUCACCAGUUCACCACCUCUAAUCGGCGGCGUCUCUACGAAGCACUUCUACUUCUCUGCCGCGGUUAUUCGCGAGAGAUGGCGGAAGAUGCAAUCUUGGGGUAUUUGGAGAAGAAUGAAGAAAUUCCGGAUUCUGGAAAAUUCGCCGAGGAAUUUGGUAUCGAUCACGAUGAAAUUGUCAAUGUGACCAAGAGUCUCAAUGCCUAUGGACUUGUUCUUUCUCAGGAUAUUAAGAGGGAAAGCUUGGUUCUCACUGAUGAAGGAAAACUCUAUGCUGAUACAGGCUCUCCUGAAAUGCAAGUAUUCUCAGCCAUACCACCAGAGGGUAUCUCACCAGAUGAACUCCAGAGAAAGGUGGGUCCUUCUGUUUUUAAGAUUGGGUUCGGGCCGGCUAAGCAGAAUGAGUGGUUGGAGAGAGGAAAGCAAUUAAUAUUUAGAAAGAAAGAACAUGUCGACGACAAGGUUAAGGGGUUGCUUUCACAGAUACAAGCUGAAAAGAUGGUUGAGCCCGGAGAGAUUGCUGCUCUCAAACGGAGAAAACUUAUUAUCUCACAGACAUGGAAGGGAUACUCGAUUAUAAAGGGUCCAAAUUAUGCCCUGAAAAGAAAAAAAGCUGCAACGGAUCUGACUCGAGAGGAUUUGCAAAGCGGCGCAUGGAAGGAUAUGGAACUCAAAGAAUACAACUUUAAUGCUAAAGGUCUUCCACCUGAAGGUGGUCAUUUGCAUCCCUUACUCAAGGUACGGAAGCAGUUGAAAGACAUUUUCCUUCAGAUGGGCUUUGAGGAAAUGCCUACAAACAAUUUCGUCGAAAGCAGCUACUGGAAUUUUGAUGCGCUGUUCCAGCCACAACAACAUCCAGCUCGUGAUUCACACGACACUUUCUUUCUGAAAGAUCCUUCCACUACAAAAUUGUUACCUGAAGAUUAUGUUGAGAGGGUAAAGUGUGUUCAUGAAUCUGGUGGUUAUGGUUCCAGAGGGUAUGGAUAUGACUGGAAAAGAGAGGAAGCAAACAAAAACCUUUUGCGAACACAUACAACUGCUGUUUCUUCAAGAAUGCUAUAUGCACUUGCACAGAAACCAUUUGCACCCAAAAAAUACUUCUCAAUAGAUCGUGUUUUCAGAAAUGAAGCAGUUGAUAGGACGCAUCUGGCAGAGUUCCAUCAGAUAGAAGGUCUUAUAUGUGAUCGAGGCCUCACCCUUGGGGAUCUUAUCGGCGUACUGCAUGAUUUUUUUUCACGUCUAGGAAUGAAGAAACUUCGUUUUAAGCCCGCUUACAACCCUUACACUGAACCUAGUAUGGAAAUAUUCAGUUAUCAUGAAGGCUUUGGAAAGUGGGUAGAGAUAGGAAAUUCUGGCAUGUUCAGACCGGAGAUGUUGCUUCCUAUGGGUCUCCCAGAUGAUGUUCGUGUAGUUGCAUGGGGUUUGUCUCUUGAGAGGCCUACGAUGAUCCUGUAUGGAAUAGACAACAUACGAGAUCUGUUCGGACACAAGGUUGAUCUGGGACUGAUGAAGAAGAAUCCUAUUUGCAGAAUUGGGCUUGAAUAGGUUUCUAUUUUUAGCCCCAAAUACAAAUUCUGAAAUACUUCGCUUGAUUGUUUUUAGCGUGACUUCUAGCAGCCUAAUUUAUACUUCAUAUUUUUGUGACAUUGGUGGAUUGGGUGAUUAAUUGAUUAUAAAUUGUCAGUGUCAUUCUUAUGUUUUUGUAAUGUAGUUAUUUUCUCUGUAUCUAUGUAGACCCUUCGUUUCGAAAUAAUAGGGACACUUUGAUUUGUGAUAA